UCCCGCCUGCUGGAGCCGUUUCAUACAGCAGCAGCCCGUCUGCUAGCCUAGAUGGCUCUUGGCUUCCUUUGAUCCAGAUGGGCUUCGGGUGUUAAAAAGCGUGUUUAUCUGCAGGCGUGCUACUUGUGUGGGAUGCCGAGAUGUGUUCUCACCUUGACCCAGGGAUCCUCUCCGUGGCAAUGUGGACCGUUGGCCUUGGAGCCGUUGGGGCUGCUGUGACAGGGAUCAUCCUUGCCAAUACAGAUUUAUUUCUAUCUAAAGCGGAAAAGGCCUCAUUGGAUGUACUGGAGGCAACAGAUCUGAAGUCUGUGGGAGGAGGAGAGCAAAUAACGUUCAAAGCAGGGGAGUUGUGGAAGAAGAAUGGUGCUGUCAUCAUGGCAGUGCGGCGACCUGGAUGAUUUUUGUGCAGAGAGGAGGCUGCUGAGCUGUCCUCUCUGAAGCCUCAGCUUGACCAGCUGGGCGUCCCCUUAUAUGCUGUCGUGAAAGAGAAUAUUGGGUCCGAGGUGGAGGCUUUCCAGCCAUACUUCAAAGGGGAAAUAUUUCUGGAUGAAAAGAAGCAAUUCUAUGGGCCUCUGAAAAGAAAGAUGAUGUUCCUGGGCUUUAUUCGGUGCAAAGUCUGGAGGAAUUUCCUCCGUGCUUGGAAGCAUGGAUUUCAUGGUAACAUGGAUGGAGAAGGCAUUAUCCUGGGAGGAGUUUUCGUGAUUGGUCCUGAGAAGCAGGGUAUUCUCCUGGAGCAUCGUGAGAAGGAAUUUGGAGACAAAGUGAGCCUUGAUGCUGUCCUUGAUGCUGUUAAGAAGAUCAAGCCACAGCCUUCAGAAUCUAAGAAAUAAAGAUAUACAUUGCCCUCUUAAGUUACAAAACCUAGAAUGUCUGGGUAUAAACUCACCUUAUAUCUCUGUUAGACAAUAAAUCCUUCCCAAAUACCUUCAGCAUAAAUUACCAUUACAAUGCCCAUUUAGUACAGUUGGCUCAAGGUAUCCAGUGACUCCUUCUGUCUUUGUCUUACUGGUUUAAUGAAAGGCUUGAUCUGAAAUCUUAAGGUCUGGCCAGGAUGGUUUCCAGUUGGAACAAAACCACCAGGCGUAUCUGGGUAUCUGUGUGGGGAACUGAUGGUGAUAAACUAAUAAAAACGGCAUUUGAUGUUAUUACAAAAGUGAAAAUUGGUUGUUUUUGUACGCCCACCUUCCUAACCUGCCAGUCCCUAUUUCUUUAUGGCUCCCAUUCAAGCUGAAUAUUUCUUUUCUGCCUCAAAGCUCAAACACCACAUGAUCUUGGAGAUCUGUGAUAAGUUAAUAGGAGCCAUGUG